AUGGCUGACCGACGCCCACUCAUCCAAGAAACGUCGGACAUAUCUGAAAGUGCAGGGAGCACGCCUGCUUUGCAAUUCACAGACAGUCCCCGGUCCCACGGAUUUACGCACAUUCCGCCUCCGACGAGCCCGCCGAUCUCACGCCCCGGCUUCUCGAGACUCCAGAGCGAGGCGACUGCUGUCGAGCGGCACAGUGCCCCGAGCAUCAUACACGAGGAAGGAGAUGUCUUAGGCGGCUUCCGAGGCCAUGCCGGAGACGGGCUGGGCAUAGGGCCAACGAUUGCGACAGCACGAAGAGUCAGCAUCCAAACCGUGCCACAGCGAGCUGUUGGUCCUGGCCCCAAGAGCCCUCCCCUCAAAAGCCCCGGCACUCUGUCUCCCCCCGGGUCCUCGAAUCCAUUCACUGAUUCAUUCCCGAAAGACUCGUCGACAGAGAACACACCGGAUCUGCGCCGCGAGCGAUACAGCCCAAGGGAAGACGUAGGCUCGUAUGAAGACUUCCGUCGUGGCGUGCUUAAGAACGCCCGCCAGAGCACUAACAGCGUCAACGAGUACCAGCAAUACAUCCACACCUCCGACACAGACAGAUUGCGCGCCGCGCCUUCCAUCAAAUCGGCUUAUGAGAGUGACUUCCGCCCCACACACGAAUGCCCAACCACACGUGACUUUUACCAGUCUCGCUUCACGUGGCUGAACAUCAGCAUCAUCAUCAUAUGCCUGUUCUCCUGCAUCUUUUCGGGCAUCUUCGUCGGGCUGGCGAUCCGUGAGCAGUUCUGGGGAAAGCGGAUAACGAGCCAUGGACCGCUCACGCCGGCGAAUGCGAACCUGCUCACACAGGUGUUUGCGAAACUCAUCGAGUUGUCAUUCAUCACUUCGUUCGUGGCGUUUUUGGGGCAGGUGCUAAGUCGACGAGCGUUCAUGAAGGAUCAUGGCAGAGGGGUGACGCUUUCUGAGCUUAGUAUGUGGAGAUGGGUUGUGCAGCCGGGGACGUUGAUUACGCACUGGGAGACCGCCAAGUAUGCCGGGUUGUCGUUUUUGGGCAUACUGAGUCUUGUGUGUGCGAUUUUGGGUACGCUGUACUCGUCGGCAUCGACUGCUUUGGUGCAACCGACACUAAGGCAGGGAUCGUGGAAACCAACUGUCAUGAGUGGUCUUGUCAAGACAGACUUCGCGAACAUGGACUAUGUCAAGGGUCAAUGCAAAACGCCGAUCCGCAACGAUAAAGAUCAUCAAGGAAACAGCUGCCUUCAGAUCGAACAUGCCGGACAAGCAUACCACAAUUAUCAGCGCUACCUUGCUGACUGGGCUAAUGCAGUCGCUAAUGGCAACGGCUCUACGGACCAACAAACGCGGCCUCGCGGCUUUGGACUACUUCAUGAGAAUACUACCAUUACUGCACAGUGGAUUAAUACCAUCGAUACUGCUGAGGUGUCAAAGAAAUAUGGACGGCCCAUCAACAAUGUUUCACUCGCAAUGCCCCACUCUGGGGUAUUUGAGGCAGCACAUUCCCCAAGAAACGGCAUACUUCAACCAGAAGACCUGAAUUCCGAAGGUACUUACUCGCUCAAAGCAUCUGUUCCUUCCCCCGUCAUAAAUGUACUCUGUGUGAACAUGAACGAAGAAGAACUUGCACCAAUCGUAUACGAUAAGUGGAACACUGAUGUAGUGAAUAUAUCGUCUUGGAAAGAAGGUGGCCUCAUGGACAAAGCCACAACUACCAGCAAGACCAAAGUGGACGAACUAUUCGGAUGGAACAACGACAGCCGCCUACACUAUCCGCCGGUAUUUGCAAAGUAUCCAAAGACAUUCAACACCAUCAUGAACCAUACUAGCAAGCCAUGGGGUAGAUCUGCCAUCUAUCUGCUCGCCCAAGGAGGCCCUAAUGACGAUGUGAAUAUGACUGGUGUUUACUCGCUUUGUAAGCUGGAUAUGUCGAUAACGUCAGCUUGUGUGACGCAAUACAACGCUCGGUCUGGUGGAGGCGUCAUGGAGAGUUUUUGCGAGGACAAAGCCGGCGACAUGGCGUAUGGGAAGCGCAAUCCGGAUGCUCAAACCAGAACAGGAAUCCCUAAUUGGAGGGAUAUUGGCUUCGACUGGUCCAAUUCUCUUUCAUUGCAAACUGGUAUCAUGGAUGGAGACGCAAGCAAUUCCAGGAUACUGAGUCAGAUGAUGCUUAGUCCGACGAAUCCCGAUCCCGAGAACAUGCAGGUCAAUUUGAGCCCUGCGUUACCGAGUAUGGGUGAGGCUUUGGCGGUCAUGGCGGGCUGCACAUUGCUUAUGAGCAUGAUGGACGCGCCAUUCGUAACCCAUCCAUGGAACUACACCUUACCCAAAAUCGAAAACGAUCAAUUCCAGUAUUUCCACGCCUCCAUCCAAGCCCAGCAAUACGCCUCGGGCGGCGUCGACAGCGCCGCGGCACGCGCCUGGGUCGUCGUCCUCAUCCUCGUCUUCUUGCUCAACAUCUUCGUCCUAAUAUACUUCAUCCUGCACCGUGGCCUCGUCACCGACUUCUCCGAGCCCCCCAACCUCUUCGCCCUGGCUGUCAACUCGCCGCCCUCACACGUCCUCGCUGGCAGCUGUGGCGGCGGCCCCGAGGGCAAGCAAUACAUGGUCAACUGGUUCGUCAACCGCGAAGGCAACCACCUCUUCAUGGAACCCGGGGAAAAGACGGCGCUCUUGGAGGGCGUGCAUGCGCACGGGCCGGUCGAGGUCAUCGGUCCGCAGCAGCAUCAACAUGCGAACGGCGGGUGGAUGGCGACGGUCAGAAGGCGACUAGGCAUGAAGAGCCAACCGCCGCAGAAACUUAGCCCUGCUGCGGGUAAGAUGGAGAGUCUGAGGCAGGAGCGGCCGGGGAGCUUGGAUGGGGGAGUGAGUACGAGAUGA